AUGGCGAACCUCACAACAACCGUGCACCCCAGCAGUCUCCCGUGGCGCCCCGAGGCCGUCCCUCUGUCCCGCGUCUCCCUGCAAGUCCAAGAGGUCUACCCCUUCCACGACGGCUGGAACGUGGCCUGUUUCAUCAUCCUCCUGCUUUUCAUCCUCACCGUCCUGUCUCUGGCCGCCUUGGCGGUUCUCUACGAGCUGCUGGACUGCGGGUGCUGCGCCAAAGGGAAGACGCACCACCAGCUGCAGGAAGAGGGGCCGGGAAGCUGCAGCAAGCUCAUGACCAGCAUUUGCAAGGAGCCAGAAUCCCACACCGAGGUGGUAUAG